AUGACUAACAGUUUAUGCAGAAAGGCUUAUGCAAGCAAAGAGCUGGAGGAGCAGUUGCGGUCUGUGUCCAGUGUAGAUGAACUCAUGACUGUGCUCUACCCAGAAUAUUGGAAAAUGUACAAGUGCCAGUUAAGAAAAGGAAGCUGGCAGCAAAGUAAAGAACAGCCCAACAUCAAUACCAGGACAGAAGAGACAAUCAGAUUUGCUGCAGCACAUUAUAAUGCAGAGAUCUUGAAAAGUAUUGAUAAUGAGUGGAGAAAAACUCAAUGCAUGCCACGUGAGGUGUGUAUAGAUGUGGGGAAGGAGUUUGGAGCAGCCACAAACACCUUCUUUAAACCUCCAUGUGUGUCCGUCUACAGAUGUGGAGGCUGCUGCAACAGUGAGGGGUUACAGUGCAUGAACAUCAGCACGGCCUACCUCAGCAAGACGUUGUUUGAAAUUACCGUGCCUCUUUCUCAAGGCCCCAAACCAGUAACAAUUGCUUUUGCCAAUCACACAUCCUGCCGCUGUAUGUCUAAACUGGAUGUUUACAGACAAGUUCAUUCAAUUAUUAGACGUUCCCUGCCAGCAAACCUACCGCAAUGCCAAAGUGCUAACAAGACUUGCCCCACCAAUUACAUGUGGAAUCAUCGCAUUUGCAGAUGCCUGGCUCAGCAAGAUUUUCUUUUCUCCUCGGAAACUGGAGAUGACUUGUCAGAUGGAUUUCAUGAUGUCUGUGGACCCAACAAGGAAUUGGAUGAAGAAACAUGUCAGUGUGUCUGCAGAGGGGGACUCCAGCCAUCCAGCUGUGGACCUCACAAAGUACUGGACAGAAACACAUGCCAGUGCGUCUGUAAAAACGAACUUUUCCCCAGUUCAUGUGGGGCCAACAGAGAAUUUGAUGAAAACACAUGCCAGUGUGUAUGUAAAAGAACCUGCCCCAAAAAUCAACCCCUAAACCCUGGGAAUUGUGCCUGUGAAUGUACAGAAAGUCCCCAGAAAUGCCUAUUAAAAGGAAAAAAGUUUUAUCAUCAAACAUGCAGCUGUUACAGAAGACCCUGUCCAAACCGGCCGAAGCACUGUGAGCAGGGACUGUCCUUUCGUGAAGAAGUGUGUCGCUGUGUUCCUUCCUAUUGGAAAAGACCACAUAUGAACUAAGAUGUACUAUUUGCUGGUUCGUCAACUUAUGUCACUUAUGGAAAA